AUGGUUUUAAAUUGUGGUCGCGGUUGUGCAUGUUGCGAUUGCAGUCAUUGCGGUUACUACGAUACGCGUUGCGGCGUGGAUACACUGAAUAUUCUGAAAAAAGAAAGCAAGAUAAAGACGCAGGAUGAGCUGGUGGAAGAUAUGCCGUGGGAAUUCUGGAGUCAAUUGUUGCUUCUAAUUGAUGGUUGGACACUUGAAAAGAAGAUAUCAUUAGACGAUGCAAAGUUUUUGAGAGAAAUGACGUGGAAGAAAGACAAGACUAUUAGUGAUAUAUAUAUGGCUUGCAGAGGACAGAAUGAAGAUGAGGCUAUAUCUGCAUUUCUUGGGCUUAUAUCAUCUUCAACAAGGUUUUCUUGGGACAAAGUGGAGGACUUGAUCCUCAGGGUAAUGAACUUCCGCGUUUAG